AUUUCAACGGCCCAGAUUUCCUCCUACAGCUGUCACCGUCGCAAGUUGCUGGAUAAAAGGUUGAUACUUUUACGAAAAAGGAGUGUGAUUUUUUAAGCUAUCUAUUUUCGGGAAUUAGGGUUCUUGCGAGCUAUGGCGUUGGCAGCUUGCAAUGCGGCUUGGGCGCCGCGCAUGUCUCGCAAAUUUCGGGUUUCUCGAGAUCGCAGGGCCCGGGCAGCAACCGUGAUGCACGGUUUCGCCCCAGAUCUCGUGACUCCGGUCGGGCUCACGUUCAAAUUUGAAGUGGAGGAAUUGCCGCCCGAGACAUCGCCAUUUCACAGGAAACCUGGGGAGAAGAGGCCCAUUCCAUCGCCCGAGCAGACGCAGGAUGGAGCUCAAAUCGGAGCGCCCGUGGACAAGAUCGACAGGCUCGACUGGACUGAUCCGGGCGAUAUUUUCCAGUUUGUGGCCAUCAGUGCCGUGUUGAUAUUCUUCUUUUGGUUUACAAACUAUUACGUUCCCCAAGUGGUUUUCAAGGAUGUGUUUGCCAAGGCCGAAGAGGAGCAAGAACUGGCCAAGCAAGAGGCCGCUAAAACCGCAGCUCAAUCACCGCCAUCGCCACCGCCACCACCAGAGAGGACGAAGAUCAACAACAAGCGAUACAGGACAUUCAAGAAGAAAACGAAGGAACAAGUCGUGAUAGACGUGUAAAAUCAAGCUUGUUCUUCCAUUCAAGAAUUCGUGUAGAAGAAAUCUAGUUUAUUCUACUUCCUUGCUCGAAUCAGUCAAGGAAUUGUGAAUACAAGCAAACUUUUCACUGCCC